GAAGUAAGGGAACUGUCGAACUAGAAAAGUGGGUUACGCAGGCAAGGUAGAUUCGCUCUGCUCGAACGGACCUGCGCGAGACGAACACCAAAUGAGCCAUUACUGAUCUCGGCUUCUAGUUUUGCCCGUAAAUACACAGUACACCGAAUGAAGUGUUAGCUUUGUCGACGGAGGCACGAUGUUGGUGUUUUUGCACGUCCAUUUGGUGGUGAUGUCCGCGUUCUUGUGCGGAGCCCCGCUGCUGUUCCUACAGGAUGCUGCGGCUUUCUAUCUUCCGGGUUUAGCUCCGGUCAGCUUCUGUGAAAAACCUCAAGACGGAAAAGACGCUCAGAGGGAAUGCCAGGACAAAAUCGAGCUCUUUGUGAACAGGCUGGAUUCGGUGGAGUCGGUUUUGCCGUACGAAUACACAGCGUUUGAUUUCUGCACUGUGGAGACAGAGAAACGGCCGUCAGAAAACCUGGGCCAGGUGCUUUUCGGAGAGAGAAUUGAGCCGUCCCCUUACAAGUUUUCCUUCAAGCAAAAAGAGACCUGUAAGCAUGUGUGCACCAAAAAGUACAGCCCCACUAAAACAGAGGAUAAAGCCAACCUGGAUUUCCUUAAGAAAGGCAUGCUGCUUAACUACCAGCAUCACUGGAUUGUGGAUAACAUGCCUGUGACCUGGUGCUACGAUGUAGAGGACAAUCAGAAGUUCUGUAAUCCCGGCUUCCCCAUCGGAUGCUACGUCACAGAAACCGGCUUGGCCAAAGACGCAUGCGUCGUCAACUCCGAGUUCAAUGAGAAAGACACCUUCUACAUCUUCAACCACGUGGACAUCACUAUCUUUUACCACAAUGUGGAAAACGAGGCCCCUGACUCCAGACUGGUCGCUGCCAAGCUGGAGCCAAAGAGCUAUAAACAUACCAAUCCGGAUACUCCAGACUGCACAGGGGCGCCCAUGAACCUAGGCAACAAAAUCACUGAAGCCCUCAGCAUCCCCUAUACCUACAGUGUACAGUUCAAGGAGGAGCCAAAUAUCCGAUGGGCCUCUCGGUGGGAUUAUAUUCUGGAGUCCAUGCCUCAUACCAACAUCCAGUGGUUUAGUAUAAUGAACUCCCUGGUCAUCGUGCUCUUCCUGUCCGGUAUGGUGGCUAUGAUCAUGCUGCGUACGCUGCACAAAGACAUCGCUCGCUACAACCAGAUGGACUCUGUGGAGGAUGCUCAGGAGGAGUUCGGCUGGAAGCUGGUCCACGGUGACGUAUUCCGGCCACCGAGAAAAGGAAUGCUUCUGUCCGUCUUCCUCGGGUCGGGAACGCAGAUCUUCAUCAUGACGUUUGUCACUCUGUUUUUUGCGUGUCUGGGCUUCCUGUCCCCGGCUAACCGUGGCGCUCUGAUGACAUGUGCCGUGGUGCUGUGGGUGCUGCUGGGAACUCCAGCUGGUUACAUCGCUGCCCGAUUCUACAAGUCGUUUGGAGGAGAGAAGUGGAAGACCAAUGUGCUGCUGACUGCAUUCCUCUGCCCCGGUGUGGUGUUUGCUGAUUUCUUCCUGAUGAAUCUGAUUCUGUGGGGUGAGGGAUCAUCAGCCGCCAUGCCCUUCGGCACUCUGGUGGCCAUCUUGGCUCUGUGGUUCUGCAUCUCCGUCCCUCUCACCUUCGUGGGAGCUUACUUUGGCUUUAAGAAAGCUGGCAUCGAACACCCCGUGCGCACCAAUCAGAUCCCUCGGCAGAUUCCAGAACAGUCUUUCUACACCAAACCUCUCCCGGGCAUUGUGAUGGGCGGGAUCCUGCCCUUCGGAUGCAUCUUCAUCCAGCUGUUCUUCAUCCUCAACAGCAUCUGGUCCCAUCAAAUGUACUACAUGUUCGGAUUCCUCUUCCUCGUCUUCAUCAUCCUGGUGAUCACUUGCUCUGAGGCCACCAUCCUGCUCUGUUACUUCCACCUGUGUGCUGAGGACUACCACUGGCAGUGGCGCUCCUUCCUCACCAGCGGUUUCACGGCUGCGUAUUUCCUCGUGUACGCCGUGCACUACUUCUUCUCCAAGCUGCAGAUCACCGGGCUGGCCAGCACUAUCCUUUACUUUGGCUACACCAUGAUCAUGGCUUUGAUCUUCUUCCUCUUCACAGGUACGAUCGGAUUCUUCGCCUGUUUCUGGUUCGUGACGAAAAUCUACAGCGUGGUGAAGGUGGACUGAAACGGACCAAUCAGAGCCAGGACUGAACUCUCUCCUCUGCUUUUAACCGAGAUGUCUUUACAGGAGGGAUAAGAGCACUGUCGAAGACAUGCCCUGUUGCCCCAGCUAACCAACAACUCAAAAUAGAUUCUACAGAUCUCAAGCUUCCAUUGAAGUGUACGUGUGUUUAAAAAGAAAAGAAAAAAAUGAUUUUUUUUUUUUUUGGUGUGUGUGUGUGUGUGUGUUAUUUCACACAUGCUUAUAAACGAGCACUCAUAUAUAAAAAAAAAAAAAAAAAAAAACACACUGCAGCCCAGAAAACACGACACCUACAGAUGCUAUUUCCUCCAGCUUAAUUUCAAGCUCCCAUUUUUGUAAAUAUCAAAGUUUUCUUUUUCGCUAAUAUUAAAAGUGCAUCCAGUUCCGGUGUAGCUCACUGACAUGUGUUGCGGUGUUAGAAGGAUGACUUGUAAAUAUAUAUCUCUCUUUUUUUUUUUGGGCUGAAAAACCCCCUGAAUGUAGUAAAAGAACUGCAGCUUUUUUGAGUUGUUUGUGUUUUGGGGUGGAGAAGAGGGGAAGGGAAGGGGGGUGUAUUGCUCUUAAUGAGUUUUGUUUUCCUUUAUUUUUUUCUCUCUCUGUGUGUGCGCUAUCGACCAGACCUUGCUUUUAUUUAUCUCUCUGAUCAUUUGUUUUUUUUUAAUCCGCACUGUCUGACUAUUUCCUGUUGAUUUUGAUUUACACCUCUCGAUGCUUUGUUUGUGCCUCGUCAUUUAAGAAGGAAGAAUAAAGAAGUGCUUCACAUUAAAAGUCCAGCACUGUCCAGAUCA